CGCCAUCAUUAGUGCUGCUGGCAAAAUACUAGUCCGGCUACUACUGGGCUUUUCUGUUGUUUUAACUUGGAAGUUAUUCCUGAAUAUUUUAUUUGCCAGGCACCACUUUUCAACUUGUUGGAAGUUCCCUUGAAAUAGAAGUCAAGUCUGAUAGGGCAUAAUCCAAUGACCGAAAGGUACACAGACCUGAUAACUAGCCAACACUGCAUCUUAACCAAGCAAACUCUCAAACACACCCACGUCACCCCAUUGGACCACCCUGGCGUUUCCUUUUUUCCUUCCCAAGCAAGAAAAUGAAUUCAUUCACACAGUCAUGGACGAACUGGAUUCUUACCUACAGAGGGAGAACCAGAAAAGCGUCCUACUCUUUCCCCCUCUGCCUAGCAGACUUCGCUACCUGAUUCACAGCACCACAGAGAAUCACCCUCCCCUUGUGACCUUCUCUGUGGGGGAAGGCUGGGGUCGCAGGGUAGUCGUCUGCUACUCACACCUCAGGCUGGAUCUGGGGGACGACAGUGACAAAGACCGUAAUGCCAGUUUCUACGAGGAGACUUGUAGGGGGGGUAGGGUACUGCUUGGGAGCAGACGUCACCCCCCUGCCCCACCCAGCAGAGGGAACCCCAAACGCCCUGAUCAGGCCAUCUAUGUCCCCCGGGCGGCCAGGGACAAGCAGCGGAACCGCGGGGGUUCCUUCCAACCCCGGGUGGACCCUGACGAGCAAUCGCCCACUCUCAGCUCCGCUGCCUCCCAGUCCUGUUCCCCCAAGCCUCGCUUCAGCGCAGAAGAAACCCCGUCUGAUUCGCUAUCCGAAACCAUACCGGUCGCCGACACCAGUCGGGACUUGGUGCCCACUAGCACCUCCAACACCGCGCUGGAGGAGGACCUCACUCUCCGCUCUGAAAAGGGACACUGGCCCCCGACCUGGGACCAGGUGUCCUACUUCAUGGCCAUGAGCCUGGAGGACCGGACUGUAGAGCCGCAGGAGGAGGGGCGCCCCCCGGAGGAUUCUGUGGGUAGUAGCAAUGUGGCUCCCCACCAGCCCCCUCCCCCCCAUACUGACGCUGCUGGGGACUUGGCUUAUAUCCGCCAACAGAUCACAGCCCAACUGUCAGAGAUGGACGUGACCAUCGAACACGUCCACAAUGACUACUCGUGCUUUGUGGACGCGUGGAUUGACCAUGACGAGUUUGCCCAUGUUAUCGAGAUCUACGACUUUCCUGCUAUGUUCAAAACGGACGAUCUGCUGGAUGCCUUCUCAGACUACAGUGCUGGGGGCAUAAAAAUCAAAUGGGUGGACGAUACUCACGCCCUGGGUGUGUUCUCCAGUCAGUCUGCAGCCAUUGAUGCGCUUUCCAUUCAACACCCUCUCCUGAAGACACGGGCUCUUUCUAAAGGGAGCAAGAAGGCCAAAGGGAAAGCCAUUAGACGAGCAGAGUUUAUCCAGCCGGUGAAAGAGAGACCACAGACAGACUCCGUGGUGGCCCGGAGGAUGGUGGCCAGGGCUCUUGGAAUGCAGAAAGCGCGCCCUCAACAUUUCUGACUGCGACAAGCCACUGUCAUCUGCUGUGGGUACAUUCUGUGUUCUGGACUACAGCAGGUGGGAUUGCAUGCAAGAUAGACUUUCUGCUACACGAAGCAUAUCACAGUCAUCGGAAUGAUUAAACUACAUCACUGUCCCACAGUUAAAAGUGCAUUUCAAGAGGCCAACCCUUUCUGCUGUUUUAAAGUUGCAGCAGAGAAAAGAGAACUUCGGCACAUGCAGAGAUGCCCAGAACGCCGCCUCUUCAGUGUCCCUCAUCCUGAAAUAUAUUAGGUUCGUUGCUGCUUGUAAUAACAUAUUGCGAAAUCUGUUCAUAAAUGCAAUAACAAACUCUA